AGGGACGACACGAAGCCAGGGUUUCAACUUAACAGAACUCUUUAUUCAGUGCAGGCGAUUCAAAGAACGAAAACUCGCGCCAAGACAAAGAGGAUGCCAGGAAGAGAAUUCCAGACAAGUGAGAAUCCAAAUCAGCAUUAAAAAAAGAAAGCAAAUGAAGCCAGCAAUGAAAGUCUUUUCAGCCACCUUCAGAAAAGCACAAAAUUCUUCCUCCGGAAGGUGACAGACAAAAGACAGAAUAACAGGAAGAGAAUUUUGAGCUGGAAAAAACUGUCUAUGUGGAACUCAAGGUAAACACUGCAGAAAAAGGUCAAAUGGGAUAAUUUGUUAAUUUAGAAAAAUGGAAAUAAUCUGGAAAUCAAUGGGGAGGACCUUGAGAAUCCAAAAAUAUCAAUCUGUGGGAAAUGUACAGAUUGCAGAUCACACCUGAUUAUACACGAGAGGAACCGCACUGAAGAAAAGCCCACCCUCUGCCUUCAAUGUGGCAUAAGCUUUGAGAUGGGGGGGAAGUCAUUUGGUUGUUCUGAUUGUGGGAAAACUUUCAGUCGGAAUUCUCAUCUGGUGACACACCAGAGGACACACACAGGAGAGAAACCCUUUGAGUGUUCAGAUUGUGGGAAAGGCUUCAGUCAGAAUUCCCACUUGGUGACACACCGGAGGACACACACAAGGGAGAAAGUGUAUGAGUGUCCAGAUUGUGGAAAAGAUUUCAGUCACAAUUCCAACCUGGUGAUUCACCAGAGGACUCAUACAGGAGAGAAACCCUAUGAGUGUCCAUAUUGUGGGAAAGCUUUCAGUCAUAAUUCCAACCUUGUGAAACACCAGAGGACUCACACAGGGGAGAAACCGUAUGAGUGUCCAGAUUGUGGGAAAUGUUUCAGCCAGAAUUCCCAUCUUGUUAAACACCUGAAGACUCACACUCGGGAGAAAAGGUACAAGUGUCCAGAUUGUGGGAAAUGUUUCUCCUGUAAUUCCAACCUGAUGAUGCACCAGAGGACUCACACAGGGGAGAAGCCAUAUGAGUGUACAGAUUGUGGGAAAGCUUUCAGUCAGAAUUCCAGUCUUGUUAAACAUCUGAGGAUUCACACUCGGGAGAAACGGUACAAGUGUCCAGAUUGCGUGAAAAGUUUCAGUCAUAAUUGCGACUUUGUGAAACACUUGAAGACUCACAGAGGAGAGAAACCCUUUGAAUGUCCUGAUUGUGGGAAAAGUUUCAGUCAGAAUUCCAAGCUUGUGAAACACCAGAGGACCCACACAGGGGAGAAACCGUAUAAGUGUCUGGACUGUGGAAAAUGCUUCAGUCAGAAUUCCCACUUGCUGACACACCAAAGGAUUCAUACAGGGGAGAAACCAUAUGAGUGUUGGGAUUGUGGGAAAAGUUUCAGUCGGAAUUCCCACCUGGUGAUACACCAGAAGACUCACACAAGGCAGAAAGUGUAUGACUGUCCAGAAUGUGGGAAAGGUUUCAGUCACAAUUCCAAUUUGAUAAUACAUCGGAGGACUCAUACAGGAGAGAAACCAUAUGAGUGCCCCAAUUGUGGGAAACGUUUCAGUCGUAAUACCAACCUUGUGAAUCACUUGAGGACUCACAUAGGAGAGAAAGUUUAUGAAUGUUCAGACUGUGGAAAAAAUUUCAAUCAUAAUUCCAUCCUGAUGAUACACCAGAGGACUUGCACAGGGGAGAAAGUGUAUGAAUGUUCAGACUGUGGGAAAGGUUUCAGUCAUAAUUCCAUUCUGACAAUACAUCAGAGAACUCACACAGGGGAUAAACCGUAUGAGUGUCCAGAUUGUGGGAAAAGUUUCAGUCAGAAUUCCGCCCUUGCAAUACACCAGAGGAUUCACACAGGAGAAAAACCCUAUGAAUGUGCAGAUUGUGGGAAAGGUUUUAGUCAUAAUUCCAAUCUUGUGAAACAUGAAAGGACUCAUAGUGGGGAGAAACCAUAUGAGUGUCCAGAUUGUGGGAAAGGUUUCAGUCAUAAUUCCAACCUGAUGAUACACCAGAAGACUCACACAGGAGAAAAACCGUAUGAAUGUUCCGAUUGUGGGAAAGGUUUCAGUCAGCAUUCCAACCUUGUUAAACACCUAAGGACCCAUAAUCGGAAGAAACAGUAUGAGUGUCCAGAUUGUGGGAAAGGUUUCAGUCAGAAUUCCGCCCUUGCAAUACAUCAGAGGAUUCAUAGAGGAGAAAACCCCUAUGGAUGUCCUGAUUGUGGGAAAAGUUUCAGUAAUAAUUCCAACCUUGUGAAACACCAGAAGACUCACACAAGAGAGAAACCCUAUGAAUGUCCAGAUUGUGGGAAAAGUUUCAAUCAGAAUUCCAACCUGAUGCUACACCAGAGGACUCACACAGGGGAGAAACCGUAUGAGUGCCUGGACUGUGGAAAAUCUUUCAGUUGGUAUUCUGGCCUGGUGAUACACCUGAGGACACACACAGGGGAAAAGCCAUAUGAGUGUCCUGAUUGUGGGAAAGAUUUCAGUACGAAGUCUAGUCUUGUAAAUCAUGUAAGUGUACACACAGGUGAGAAACCUUUUAAGUGCCCAGAGUGUGGAAAAUGCUUCUCGCAAGCUUCCUCCCUUAUUAAACAUAAGAAAAUCCACAUCACCCAGAAGUUGAUUAGUAAAGAGAAGGCUUGAAUUUCUUUUCUGAUCUGCUUUUGCAACUUUACCUGAGAAUUAAGUAUUUAAUUUCUGGCCUGAUUCUGUUUAGCCAAAUAUGUUUCAGUAUUAGACAUGAGGGAGGAGAGAAAAGAUGGGACUGGAAAACGUUACCUUGGUCAAGAUUAACAACUUGUAUGUGGCUAUCAGGAAAAUGUAGUGGAUAUUCCCUUUUGCAAAAAUAAAAUAAUUGCUGCCAAAAG